CUUCCUUUUGAUUUCUCAUUCCAUUCCUCUCCGUAUCUUCCUCGUCCACCUUCAACCAUGUCUUACCAACCCCCCUACGGAGGUCCCCCUCCUGGUGGUUCUUACGGAGGAUACCCCUCCUAUCAGGGCUACGAACAGUCUCGCCCUUACGACUCCUCUCCUCGUCCUCCGUAUGAAUCAGGUCCCCCGUACGAAUCCCGCCCGUACGAAUCCCGCCCCCCAUACGACUACGACGCUCCCCGUCCUCCAUACGGCGCACCACCUCCGUCCGGCCCUCCCCCACCAGGCCCUCCUCCAUACGGCUCACGGCCACCCUCCGGUCCUCCUCCCCCUGGCGGUGGUCCUCCAUAUGACCCCUCCCACUCACCCCGUCCGCCCUACGGACCUCCCCAGGGACCCCCUCCGGGCCACCAGGGACCGCCAUAUGGCCCUCCAUCAUCAUCUUCUCCGGCCCCCCCGGGAUCCCCGGGUAACCAUGGCGGCCCCGGACGCGGUCCCGGGGGACCACACCCGCCUCCCCCUCCGGGACCCCCACCACCACUUCCCCAGGGCUGGCGCCAGCUCUGGGACCCCGCCCAUAGCCGUGCGUACUGGGUAAGGGAAGACAGCGGCCUCACGCAAUGGGAGGCUCCGUUCUCCGAUGGAUCCAGGGGGGGCCCUGGUGGUCCUCCGCCUGGUCCCCCUGGUCCGGGAAUGGGCAGUCCCCCUCUUGGUCCACCGGGUCCCCCAGGUCCGCCGGCCGGUCCUCCGCCGUUUGGCGGCUACGGAUCCCCUCCGCCUGGUCCUCCCCCAGUUUCGUACGGACCGCCCGAUUCUCCGCCGCCGGAGCGGAAGAAGAGUGAUAAGGGGAAACUAUUCGCUGCUGGGGCUGCCGGGUUGGCGCUGGGAGCAGCUGGGACUGCGCUGUGGGAGCACCGUAUGUUUUUUUUUUUUUUCCUCUCCAUUUCCCUUUCUUUAUUUAUAUGUCGACUAUGAUGAAUGUGAUGGCUAAUGGAUGCAGAUCACCAUGAGGAAGAAGAGGAAGGCUCGUCUUCGUCGGAUGAUGAUAGGCCGCGCUAUGAUUAUGAGGGUCCUCCUGAUGAGUGGUGAGGCGAUUACAUGCAACGAGGGAUGCGGUGAUACUACAGUGAUACAGCAAAGUACAAUAGCAGCAGCAUAGGAUAUUCUAUUCUCCAUUCGAAGUCGCACCUCGUACAUGCAUUUAGUGUUUUAAUGAGACAUGAUUCGGCAGAUAUCAUUUAUAUAUAUAUACUCGGUUCAGUGCAUGUACUUUGAUCCUAUAUAAGAAACCCCGAACGAGAUACAAGGGACUGACAGCAUGACAUGAUGACCAUAUUGCGGGGAUAAGUGCAGCAGCAGUAGUAGCAGUGAAGAAGUAAUGUAGGAGACGGACUUUCAUGCAGACAAACCGCACAAAACAAUUGUGUAAUGCCCACACGCUUAUUCAUUUCUCUGCCAGCCUGAUGAACCAAAUCAAUGCAAAUGCAGAAUUGACUUGAAUUCAACGGUUGGCUUUAUUUAGGUACUAAGAGGCAUGCAGCAAUCGACAUUCCCAUGUAGGGUUAUGGUCGUUGCUGGGGUGUAGUACCAGGAUUGUCCCGGGAAGGGGGUUGUAUACAUUUGGGAGGAACAACAGGAAUAGGGAAUGGUGAAUGAUAAAUCAAAUCAAUUAUAUGUAUGUAUUGUAUAAAGAGAAAUAUUGAGAUAUAUUGAACCACUCCAAGUCCAGGUAACCAUUCAUCUUGGCAGGCUGGGUUUGGAUUCUUCUUCCAUGGAUGGGAGAAAAGGGAGAGACAAGAAGCGGGGGAAAUCAGGGGAAAUAUAACAGUUUUCUGGGGUCGG